AAUUGCGAAUAUGUUGGUCAUGUGAUUAAAAAGUUCUGGUAUUAUCCGGAACUAAAAUAUAACAUACACAGAUUGUUUAACAUAAAAGACCAACGAUACAAACUAUAUAAAUCCAAGUCAUUAUGGACUACAGUAAAUCAUAUACAAAAGCAAGAAGUUUUUUUGACACAGAAUUUUCCUCUGAGCGAAAACAAGUUAUUAAAGAUUUAGAGGCCCUAGAAUUGGAUGUUCAACAAGAAGAAAAGAACCGGAAUAUUGGGUUUUCAGUGUAUUCAGGAGUCGGUAUUAUUGGAUGGGGUUUAAUCAUGGCAGGGGUUUUGGCAGCCCCGAUUACUGGGGGCGUUUCUACUUCUUUGAUAGUUGCAGGUCUUGCAUCUGAGGGUGCCUCUGGUGGAGCAUCUUUUCUUCAUCACGGAAUAAAAAAGAGCAUUGUACAAAGUAAGAUGGGUAGCCUACGAAAGAAAUUAAGAGAGCAUGAGAAAACUUGUGAAGAAAUGAAUCAGCAUUUAUCAGAGAUGAUAGACAGAAUGGAAAAAAGGGAGAUGGAAAAUUUUUAUCACACUGACCCGGACCAGGAAAUGAAAUAUUUACUUAAGCAAUUCAAAGUCCUACUUGAACAUUCUGACAAAAUGAAAAAAUUCAAAGCAAAGACCGGUGAUAUUUACGUACUGAUAUCACUGCAAAAUUUAUUAAAGGAUGUUUCUUUCAAAGAACCAAGGGAUGAAGACAAAUUCGCAGCUGUCACGUUCGUUGUCGAUCUAAAGUCUUUGUUAGAAGAUCCAAAGAGUAAGGCGGAUCUAAAAGGAAGCGGCGAGUGCAAAGAGGAAUGGUUAAUAGAAAAAGUUCGCCAACGAUACCAGGAAGAAUACGAUGAUAUCAAAAAGGUUAUCCAUUCUCCUAACUUCAACUAAAAGAGCAGAUUUUUUGACAAUAAAACAAUUGCUAAAUUUAAGUGGUUUCAAAUGUGUAAAGUUUUAAAUUCAAUAAAGUUUCUGACAAAUUAUACCAUAUAUUUAUGACUUAAAUGCAUCGUGAAGUUUUCUACCUUAUAUCAUGAGUAUAUAUUAAGAAAACAGGCGAGCCCGGCGUUUCAUUUUUGGUCGAUAUAUUU